UCUAUUAGCUAUCAUUCACAAUUUCUUAUUUGGGUUUUUGGCAAUCUGUUUCAAUUUCUUCAAAAUUUCUCCAUUAAAUAAAAGAAUUAUUAACGAGCACCCCCUCUAAUUAUCAACUGAAGUGUUUGUGCAAUAAAAUAAAUACAAAAUGGAGGAUAUUUUCCAUUGGUGUCGUGAAGGAAAUUCCAUACAAGUUCGUUUAUGGCUGGAUGAAGUGGAACAUGACAUGAAUCUGGGUGACGAUCAUGGCUUCAGUCCCCUCCAUUGGUGUGCCAAGGAGGGUCACAUAAAAUUGGUGGAAACUCUAUUGCAGCGUGGAGCACGCGUUAAUGCCACUAAUAUGGGUGAUGAUAUACCCUUGCAUUUAGCUGCUGCUCAUGGCCAUCGUGAAGUUGUACAAAUGUUAUUAAGGGAACGUUCCGAUGUGAAUGCUGUCAAUGAACAUGGCAAUACUCCCCUACAUUAUGCCUGCUUUUGGGGUUACGAUAUGAUCUGUGAAGAUCUUGUCAAUGCUGGGGCCUCAGUGACAAUAUCGAAUAAAGAUGAUGACACACCGUUGGAGAAAGCUAAGGCCGGCCUGGGCAAACGUUUGGAAGAUUUAGCUACACGCAAUGGCCAAGAAAUGAAAAAGAUUAGUUUCAAAGAACAAAGUUGGAUGGGCUUCAAGACUAGAUCGCGUGAUGCCACACUCUCACGUUUUAAGGGUAUAAGCAUGGGCGAUUUGGAUUUGCAUACCAAAGUUGCAGUGACACCUUCUGGAGAGACUUGGCGUGGUCGUUGGCAACGAAAUGAUGUUAUAGCCAAAAUUUUGGCUGUACGUCAAUGUACUUCACGGAUAUCGCGAGAUUUUAAUGAGGAAUUUCCCAAAUUGAGAAUAUUUUCACAUCCGAAUAUUUUGCCGAUUAUAGGAGCAUGUAAUUCGCCGCCAAAUUUGAUUGUCAUUAGUCAGUAUAUGCCCAGAGGUUCAUUAUUCAAUUUGCUGCAUGCCGCCACUGGUGUGGUUGUGGACACAUCUCAAGCUGUACGUUUUGCCUUGGACAUUGCCAGGGGCAUGACUUAUUUGCAUUCUCUAGAAAGGAUAAUUCCCACGUACAAUUUGAACAGUCAUCAUGUUAUGAUCGAUGAAGAUUUGACAGCUCGCAUCAAUAUGGGUGAUGCAAAAUUCUCCUUCCAAGAACGCGGACGCAUUUAUCAACCCGCCUGGAUGUCACCAGAGGCGCUACAAAAGAAACCAGCCGAUCGCAAUUGGGAGGCUAGUGACAUGUGGAGCUUUGCCAUACUAUUGUGGGAAUUGACAACACGUGAAAUUCCAUUUGCCGAAUGGUCACCCAUGGAAUGUGGCAUGAAGAUUGCUCUGGAAGGUUUAAGAGUAAAAAUUCCACCAGGCACCUCACCGCAUAUGGUGAAAUUGAUAACCAUUUGCAUGAAUGAAGACCCUGGCAAAAGACCUAAAUUCGAUAUGGUAGUACCUAUAUUGGAGAAAAUGAAACGUUAGAACAAUCAGUCAAGCAGAAAAAAAAUUGCGAGUUGAAAUUUCUAUUGCCAAAACCAUAUUUAUGCAUGUGUGUAUGUAUGUAGGAACACAAAUGUGUAUGUGUAUGUUUUUAUUUUCAAUUAUACAAAGGAAAAAGUGCCUUCAAAACGAAUAAAAUGAUGUUUACAAUUGUAUUUUUUUAAGAAACAAAUGCCUAGAAUUGUUUAACAAGUUAAGCAAUAUUUUUUUAAUAUUUUAUAUUUAGUUAAUAGUUACAAAAAAAAAUUUUAUCCGUUUUCUUUGUCAUAAACGGUGCUCGAUUUUAUUAACAAUUCGUUCGAACUAAUCACUAAGGAUUUU